UUUAAAAAAAAAAAGCAAGAGAAAAAAAAGAAGCAGGUCACGAGCAAGAGCUCGUCCCCAUCUUCUUCAACUCCUCAUCCUCGAAUCCCCAAAACCCUAACCCUAGAUAAAGCUCACGAAUGGACAGAUCUCGACCUCAAUCCAACCUCCAUCGCUGAGAUCCCUCUCCUCACGGGCUUCCCGCCGAUCCAAAACUUCACGGGCAGCGUCGCGCCACGUCGCGGCCACGGCCGGAGCUGAGUAUUUGGUCUUGGUUUUAGGGGUUUGAUGUAAAGAAGCGAACCAUUGGGGAGCAUGGAUCGGUCGGCGCUGACUGUUGGGCCGGGAAUGGAUAUGCCGAUAAUGCACGACAGUGAUCGGUAUGAGCUGGUGAAGGAUAUUGGGUCUGGGAACUUCGGGAUCGCCAGGUUGAUGCGGGACAAGCAGUCGGGUGAUCUCGUUGCUGUGAAGUAUAUUGAGAGGGGCGAGAAGAUUGAUGAAAACGUCCAACGAGAAAUUAUCAACCACAGAUCGUUGAGGCACCCUAAUAUUAUUAGGUUCAAAGAGGUUAUAUUAACUCCUACCCAUCUGGCAAUUGUUAUGGAGUAUGCUUCUGGGGGUGAACUUUUUGAGCGCAUUUGCAAUGCUGGCCGCUUCAGUGAGGAUGAGGCACGUUUCUUUUUUCAACAACUUAUAUCGGGUGUCAGCUACUGUCAUUCAAUGCAAGUAUGCCAUCGUGACUUAAAGCUGGAGAACACUUUACUGGAUGGAAGCGCGGCGCCUCGUCUGAAGAUAUGUGAUUUUGGCUAUUCUAAGUCAUCUGUUCUGCAUUCUCAACCAAAGUCAACUGUUGGAACUCCUGCAUACAUUGCGCCUGAAGUGUUACUCAAGAAGGAAUAUGAUGGCAAGAUUGCUGAUGUAUGGUCAUGUGGAGUGACCUUAUAUGUCAUGCUAGUUGGUGCAUACCCUUUCGAGGAUCCGGAAGAGCCCAAAAAUUUCCGGAAGACUAUACAGAGAAUCCUGGGUGUUCAAUAUUCAAUUCCAGACUAUGUACACAUAUCUCCUGAGUGCCAACAGCUAAUCUCAAAGAUUUUUGUUGCCAAUCCUUUAAUGAGGAUAACAAUUCCUGACAUACGCAACCACGAAUGGUUUUUGAAGAAUCUACCAGCAGGUUUGAUGGAUGAGAACAUGAUGAGUAACCAGUAUGAGGAGCCUGAUCAACCGAUGCAAAGCAUCGAUGAGAUAAUGCAGAUCAUUGCAGAGGCCACCAUACCUGCAGCUGGUACUCGUGCACUGAACCCAUAUUUGACCGAUAACCUUGACCUUGAUGACGACAUGGAGGAUCUGGAUUCUGACCCUGAUCUUGACGUGGAUAGCAGUGGAGAAAUAGUAUAUGCAAUGUAACUAUUGUGGUUUUCCGCUGGUGUAUCAAAAACAAUCGGGAAAGGUGGUUGUCAAUGGACGCUAUUCCAAACUUAAGAUAAAUUGCGAAGAUUGAAGAUUCAGCUGUUUGGACGCUAAGGUAUACUCCGAGCAUCAACUGGAAGAAUCAAACCCUAAGUUUACAUCCUUCUGUUGAUUGUCUGUGUAAUGUAUGUAGGCACACAACUUGUUUGCAUUGGCAUGCCUCUGUAUCUUGAAACUGGUGAUUGUACUAUCUUGGUUUGUUGUUGUUCUUGCUGCUGCUGCUGUUGUUGUUGUUGUUAAUUAUCUGUUAUAAUGUAGUCUUUCUUUCCUUCUGUUUAUUA